AUGUCUCUUAACCGUGUCAUUAUCGAUACAGACCCUGGUGUCGAUGAUGUUCUAGCCAUUAUGUUAGCCUUGGCUGCAAAGCCAGAGGAGCUUGAUGUCAUGAUGCUUUCCAUAACUUAUGGAAAUGUAGAAGCUCAGAGUUGUUUGAAAAAUUGUGUAGCUUUAUUCCAUGUUAUCGAACAGGAAUUAAAAUGGAGAAAAGAGCGUGGUCAACUUGAGGGAUUCGAAGCAAUGAAGAAGUCAAAACCUAUCGUCGCUGUUGGCGCAGACCACCCACUCGAAGAUGAGAUGCUUAUGGCAGAUUACUUUCACGGUAUUGAUGGUCUUGGUGGUGUUCAUACUAGUCAUCCACAUCUUUCCCCCGCAGAUACAUGGAAGACACUCUUUCAACCUCCCGCCGCAAAUGCUACCGCUGAAGAAGUUGCUGAAGCCCGCUUACUCGCUUCUCCAUCCCCAUCAUUCACAGCUUCACAAGCUCCUGCUCAUAUGGAAAUGCUUCGCUUACUCCGAGAAAAUCCUAAAGAUACAAUUACAAUUGUUUGUGUUGGACCUUUGACCAAUAUUGCUUUGGCUGCUGCAGAAGACCCGGAAACAUUUUUGAAAGUUAAAGAGGUUGUUGUAAUGGGUGGUGCCAUCGAUGUGGAGGGCAAUAUCACACCUGUCGCUGAAUUCAACACUUACGCUGAUGCAGUCGCAACUGCCAGAGUAUUCGCUCUUACAUCUCCAAACCCAAUCACCACCAUGCCUCCUGUACCUUUGAACAAGUCAAGUCUACCACCAUAUCCUAAGAAUCUUUCAAGGAAACUCAACUUAACAUUAUUCCCCCUUGAUAUUACAACUCCACAUCAGUUGUAUCAAUCAGACUUUCAAGCAAAAUUAAAACCUCUAAUCAAAGCUGGAAGUCCUCUAGCAGAGUGGACAUCUGUAUUUGUCCACAAGACUUACGAGAAAAUGAACUCUCUUGGCAGAAAUGCAUCAAGCGAUCCAGGCCUUGAGUUGCAUGAUCCUCUUUGUAUCUGGUACAUGCUAUCACGUUCAUCCCCGGCUUGGAUGACUUUCCCAAGAGGGCCUGAAGAUAUUCGAGUUGAGACCUCUGGUCAAUGGACUAGAGGUAUGCAUGUUGUUGAUAGACGAAUGAGAAAGAAGACAGGAGUUGAACAAGUCAAGAGCCCUGGAGCUGUGGAUAUUAGAGAUCCAAUGGAAAAUACUACUACCGUCGUUCAUGUUACCAAUGAAAUUGAUAUCACAGCUGACGAGCCUGGAGAUAAUGGUGGUUGGCUUAGUGUUCAUAAGGGUAAUAGAGUCAACAGAAUUGUUGGUACUCCUGGAGAAGCCGCUUUUGGACCCUAUCUUUUGGAAAGAGUUUUUGGAUAG